GCGAGAAUGCUGCACAAAACAGGGAUCACCUGCCUUUGGCUGACAAUGAAGAAUCUCUAUACGCCAACCAUAUGGCCUUAUAUGAGGAUGAUCUGACACACCAAGGCAAGAUCUCGCAGAUUCUCUCCCGCAUCACCUCCUACCAGGCUGGUAUCGCGCCCAACGUCAGCGAUGUGGAGAAGGCCAAAGGAAAACCGAAAACAAACCUGGGCACUGUGCUAGGAGUCUACCUGCCGUGUAUACAGAACAUAUUUGGAGUGCUACUUUUUCUCCGGAUGACCUGGAUUAUUGGACUAGCUGGUGUCCCAGAGUCUUUCUGCAUUGUCUUCAUCUGCUGCUCAGCUACCAUGCUGACUUCAUUUUCUCUGAGUGCCAUUGCCACCAAUGGUGUCGUGCCGGCAGGUGGGUCAUACUUCCUGAUAUCUCGGUCUCUGGGACCUGAGUUUGGUGGAGCGGUUGGUCUCUUGUUCUACUUUGGGACUUGUGUGGCAGCUUCCAUGUACAUCAUCGGAGCUGUAGAAAUCUUAGUGAACUACAUGGCCCCGCAGCUGAACCUGUUUGGUGAUGUGUUCAACAGUUACCGCCUCUUCGGGACAGUGCUGCUGAUUCUGCUGACCAUCAUCGUCAUCAUCGGAGUGGCCUUCGUCAGCAAGUUUGCAGCCCUCUCCCUGGCUUGUGUCCUCAUCUCCAUUGUGUGUAUUUACAUCGGCAUUUUUGUUGCUAGCCCUGACAGGAGUAUGGAAGUAUGUUUCCUGGGAGACCGGCUGCUCACUCAAGAGUCAGUCAUGUUCAACGGCUCAUUUGCCUGCAAUAAAGAUGAAUCCGGGCCCAUUUUCCAGCGAUACUGUUCAGACAACACCAGCUCAAGUUGUGAUUACUUUAAAAACCCAAACACAAAAGCUCGGAUAGUCAAAGCCAUACCUGGUCUAGCAAGCGGCAUCUUUACAGAGAAUGUCAAGAGUAGGUAUACAGAACAGGGAAAGGUCAUUGGUACAGAUACGGAUGGAUCCAAGGACAGAGGAGAAAUUGUUGCAGACCUGACCUCGUCUUUCAUGGUUCUCCUGGCCAUUUACUUUCCUUCUGUCACAGGCAUUAUGGCUGGUUCCAAUCGGUCAGGUGACCUCGCUGAUGCUCAGAAAUCCAUCCCAGUUGGCACCAUUGCUGCCGUGGCAACAACAUCUGCAGUUUAUAUUUCCUGUGUAUUUUUCUUUGCUGGUUGUAUACAAGGAGAUGUUAUGCGAGACAAAUAUGGUGAGAGCAUUGGUGGAAUGCUGAUUGUGGGGAAACUUGCCUGGCCACAUGAAUGGGUGAUUAUCAUUGGAGCUUUCCUGGCAUCAGUGGGUGCUGGACUUCAGAGUCUUACAGGUGCACCCAGAUUGUUCCAGGCCAUUGCUAAAGACAAUAUUGUACCUUUCCUGCAUGUCUUCAGUGUCAGCACAAAACACGGAGAACCUCUUCGGGCCCUGCUUCUCACAGCUUGUAUCACCUUGAUUGGCAUCAUGAUUGGUAACCUGGACAAUAUUGCUCCAAUCAUAACAAUGUUCUUCCUCAUGUGCUAUGGUUUUGUGAACAUGGCCUGUGCUCUGCAGACAUUGCUACAGACUCCAAACUGGAGGCCCAGGUUCAAGUACUACCACUGGACCUUGUCCCUGAUUGGCCUGACCCUGUGUAUAGUUCUCAUGUUCAUCUCCAGCUGGUACUUUGCCCUAGCGGCGAUUGCCUUGGCUUUCUGCAUCUACAAGUACAUUGAGUACAAGGGGGCUGAGCAGGAGUGGGGCGAUGGGAUCCGAGGUCUGGCCAUGUCUGCUGCCCGCUACUCCCUACUGAGACUUCAGGCUGGUCCCCCUCACACUAAAAACUGGAGACCCCAGCUGUUGGUGCUGAUGAAGCUGGAUGAGAACCUGCAGCCAAAGUAUCCCAAAAUGGUCUUGUUUGCCAGCCAGUUGAAGGCAGGCAAGGGGUUGGUGUUGGUCAACAGUGUCUUGGAGGGACAGUUUACAGAGAGGUAUCCUGAUGCACAAGCUUCUAAACAGUCUCUGAUGAACCUGAUUAAAGCAUACGGAGUCAAGGGGUUCUCUGAUGUCAGCAUUGCCAGCGAUGUCUCAGAAGGACUUUGUCAGCUAAUCCAGAAUGCUGGUUUGGGCGGUUUGAAACACAACACAGUUGUACUUGGCUGGCCAUAUGGCUGGAGGCAUGAUGCUGACGAAAGAAGCUACAAGGUUUUCUUGGAUACUAUCAAGAAUGUCGGUGCUGCUCAGAUGGCGCUGUUAGUACCAAAGGGAAUUAACCAGUUCCCAGAUGCUGGAGUCAAGUUGAAAGGAACUAUUGAUGUCUGGUGGAUUUCAGUUUUAGGGCAUGUUAUAUAUAUUUGGUUGAACAUCCUUGACCUUCCCCCACAUGAUGGAGGUCUUUUGAUGCUGCUGCCAUUUUUGCUGAGACAGGACAGAACUUGGAAGAACUGCAAGCUCCGGAUCUUCACUGUAGCUCAAACUGAAGAUAAUUCAAUCCAGAUGAAGAAAGACUUGCAGACGUACUUGUACCAGUUACGUAUAGAAGCAGACGUGGAUGUGGUUGAAAUGAGCAACCAGGACAUAUCAGCAUACACGUAUGAGAGGACACUGAUGAUGGAGCAGAGAACAGACAUGCUCAGCAAGAUCAGGAAUCAACAGUCUCAGCAACCCAGAGUCAACAAUCGCAGUGCCAAAAUCACCCUUUCCACUGUGCCUGAAGAGAGCAGCACAGACAACAAUGACGUCACAGAGAGAGUGACGGCAACGGUUGACAAGUCCCAGUUUACCUUCACACCACAGGAUGCCAAAACCAUGAUUGACAAGAACAAGAAGCCGGACAAAGAGAAUGUGAGACGGAUGCAUACAGCCGUCAGACUCAAUGAGCACAUUGUGGAGAAAUCUCAUGGAGCCCAACUGGUCAUCCUCAACCUGCCCGCCCCGCCAAGAUCUGCUGCUGGUGCUGAGAAUU